AUGAAUUUCAAUGACAAAGCAAAAGAUUGGAGGCUGAAAACAUGGCGCCUUAGAAUGUGCAGUGGUGAAGAAGAAAAAGAUUAUGAUUUAAGGCUCAUCGAAAUGAAUUCAACUAUAUUUGGAAAUUUAUUCAACGCUAAAAUGCAAAAUGUCGACGAAUAUAAACCAUACAGUUUAAUGCAAAAAAUAUUAGCUGAAUUUAUUGCUGUUACAAUCCUCACAUUCGUCGGAGCAACACAUCAAUUAACAAAAACAGCGCUUCUCAAUACUAGUCUAGCUAUUGGAUGUACAAUAUUCGUUUUAGCAUGUUCGUUUGGCCGUAUAAGCGGUGCAUUAUUUAAUCCAGCUGUGACAUCAUGUGUAAUGUUUUGCGGCAAAAUACAACCGUUGUGUGCAUUUGCGCUUAUUUCUGCACAAUUAUUUGGCUCAAUUUGUGGUGCAUUAAUUUUUAAGUCAUUAUGCACGAUAGCAGAAUAUAAAGGAAUAUUUGAUAAUGUACCGAAUGGUUUCACAUGGUGGCAACACUUAAUUGCCGAAAUUUGUGUGACGUUUAUAUUAUGUCAAACUGUGAUGCUUACAGCAGUUGAUAUACAAAACUUCGUAAUGGCACCACUGGCUAUUGGCCUAGCCCAUACAUUGAAUAUUUUGGCAACCACCAAUAGUAAUCCGCAAUUCAAGCAAAUUUCAAAGCGUAAUAUGUCAGAUCUUGAAUAA